CACAGGUUUCUUGGUUUCAGUCCAGCUCCUACUAAGGUCAGAUACAAUCUCAGAAAUGACCGGUAUAGCUGUGAAUUGGCCGACAAUCAGUCUAGCCGGCUUACUCGAUUACGCGAAGCUGAUCUGGGGCAAGUGAUGAAGGACAGACUCAACUCUGAGUUCCGGGGCAUGCAAGAAGAAGCACUGAGGGCAAUUGUUGAAGAGUCUGGUGAUGGCAACUUGGCCGACCAGAGCAGGCAAAAGUCUGUUGUUCAUGCUCCCUGCACUUCUUGAGCCAGAUGGAACGACGAUUGUCGUUGUACCUCGACUGUCACAUCGUCAAGACAUGAAGGCGCGUUGCUCAGAUAUUGGUGUCCGCUGUGUGGAGUGGGAUUGUGAGGUCCAGCCAGAUGGUGCGGCCAUUGUUCUUGUCACUCCUGAAGAAUGUCUGACUGUGAGGUUUAAAAGCUAUAUCGACCGGCUCAAAACCCUGCACCAGCUAGAUCGGAUCGUGAUUGACGAGUGCAACACUCUGCUCAAAAACCAGCUUGAGGCCGAAGAUUGGCUACAGCGAGAGCGACAGCGACAGCGAGCGCAAGAUGAACAGCCUCAGGAACAGCAAACUCCGGAACAGGAAGCUCAGCGAGAGCAAGCUCGGAUUCUGAAAGCUCUGCUUCUAAAGAACAAAGUUCAGACGGUGCUUCUGUUUGGCGCGAUGCCAGCGGCGAUGCAACUUGAAGUCGCUCAGAAGAUCGACCCUGGGAUGUCUAUUCUCCACAUGAGCGCUGUGCGUCCAAACAUUCGCUACAGUGUUGUACCAAAGUCAACAAUCAAUGAGUGGUACUCCGCUGUUGGCCUUGACCGUGAUAGAGCUGUUGCUGAUUUUGUCAAACAUAAAAGCAAGCAAUAUCAGAGCGGCAAGGUCAUUGUUUAUUGCAACACAAAGAGCCAGGCUGAGAAGCUGGCUACAGCUGUUGGUGCAAGGGAUCUCGACUCUGAUACUACUGAAGAGGAUGAUCUGGCAAACGAAGAUUCUGCGAACCGGUCGAGCAAUAUAGUCUUUGCAACAACAGGAUCUUUCAGCAUGCGCGUCAAGGUACCCAAUGUACGCUGUGUCAUUCAUACACAUUCGCCUCGAACACUGAUUGAGUUUGCACAAGAAAGUGGCCGCGCAGGGAAUCAUCAUGAAGGCGGCGAGUCCAUUCUGCUGGGUGAUGCUACCUCUUUGGACUCAGCUCCCCUCAUGGAGAUCAGUUUGUUCCAAGGCUACAUGACCGCCAAAUGUCGACGUGCUUUUCUACACAACUAUCUCGAUCCGGUGAAUGACCAUCUUGAAUGUGGAAGUGACAAUGUGUCGCGAUGUGAUUGCUGUCCAACCCCUGCUGGUCGCUAUACAAACAGGCAGUCUGAUCGCGAGCGUGUUGAAGAGCCAGCCGCGACUGUGGCAAGCUUAGCGAUCCCUGUGGAGCGCUACUCUAACCAUCCACCAUCCCCGGGCACUGACAGCGAUGAUGAUGAGAUGCCAGUCGUGGCUGUUGAGCGACCGCCCUCCAAGAAGAGACCUAUUUCACAAAUCAUGGAUAGGUCAGAGGAGGCUGUUGAAGGCCCACCGCGUCAGAGAAUUGGUAUCAUAGUCACUACCCAACCACCAGCGAGGAUCCCCAAUGAUCUUGCGCCUAAGUUGGACAGACUUUUCGAUCAUUGGCGAAACAAGUGCGUUUUCUGCUGCAUGAAUAAACUGCCUAACACUCAUUGCAUGUCAGAUUGUCCAGCAGUUGAUCCAAGAGUGGGAGAGGCGGUUACAGUUGCCAAACAGAUGGCUAAAGAGAUCAAAUGUCUGCCUGCACCCUGCUACAGAUGCGCUCUGUCUUCUAUCAUGGGUGAACCCCAAGGGAUUAUUUGUGAUUGCAGUCUCCCAGUUCACUAUUUUGUGUUUGGCAUACUUUAUGGAGGCAGUGAAGAACUAAAGAGGGCUUGGAUGGACCAUGCUGAGCAGUCUUAUGGGCCUCUCAAAGAGACACAGCGCUACAAGUCAUUUGAUGAAACUUGGCUUUUGGAUAACCUUGGAAAAAUGGUGGACGCUAAUCAGCCAGUCAAUGUUUUGGCUUAUGAGUUUUUCUGGUUGAAUCAAAGGUUGACAACACAUGGAAAUCGAUAGGCAGGAGUGGAUUGCCUUUGUGCGAUGAUGAAGAGUUUGCCAGCCCUGAAGUUUCAGGUUAAUAGUUUUUUUGUUUUAUGAAUGAAUAUAUUUGGAUACAAUGCAAAAGUAUAAGCUGUAAGUGGGAGAGGAAGAUCGACAGAGGAG